AUGCUUUUUGCGGGCAAACAGCUGGAAGAUGGCCGUACUCUGUCAGACUAUAAUAUCCAGAAAGAGUCCACCCUGCACUUGGUGCUUCGCCUCCGGGGUGGCAUCAUCGAGCCUUCCCUCCGCCAGCUGGCCCAGAAAUACAACUGCGACAAGAUGAUCUGCCGCAAGGGUUAUGCUCACCUGCACCCCCGCGCCGUCAACUGCCGCAAGAAGAAGUGCGGCCACACCAACAACCUGCGCCCCAAAAAGAAGGUCAAAUAAGGCCCCGCCACUGGCUCUUCCUUUUCCCGCAGGGCGGCCUCCUGCCCGAGCCCCAAGGCCCUGGGGCCUCAAUAAAGUUUCCCUUUCAUUGACUGGA